GAUAGCCCAUAUUUAAUCCCCAGUUAACCCAUCUUGACGAUCUUGUCUCCCUGUCUGUAUAGUGUAUACUUACCAUGGAAAAGAGAGCUGAAGAUAAAACUGCCAAUACCAUCUCCUUCGUUGGCAUUCUCUUAAUUCUUGUAAUACUCAACUGGGACCUCCUUGGACUCAAAGAAUUGUACUCAAGUUUUCGGAUUAUGCUCCAAACUUUCAUAGACUUGCUUCGCCAUGCAUGGAGGGCGGUUUAUGCAGAAGCUCAAAUUCAGAGAUCACUUUGCAGUGAUGAAAAUUUGGAGGAUGGGAAGCCAUCCAGAGAAGAGGAAAUGAUGCUGGCAGCUCAGAAAAUUGAGGAGAAAAAGCUGUCUAUUGGAGAAGUGAAAAUGAUGAUGGAGAAAAUGGUAAAAAAUCAUGAAGAAAUGCUAUCAGAUGAGAUUGCAGGCCUCUUCGAGGAGGAGGAGCCAAGCCCUGAGGAAGUGAAACAAGCCUUUGAUAUGUUUGAUGAGAACAAUGACGGAUUCAUUGAUGCAUGGGAGUUAGGUAAAGUUCUCUACACACUCGGGCUUGUGGAGCCUUCGGAAGCAGAAUGCCAGAGCAUGAUCAUAGUCUUUGACGACGAUGGAGAUGGAAGGAUAGAUUUCAAUGAAUUUGUGAAACUUGUGGAGCACAGCUUCAACUAGCUGACGGCAACUAAUCUUUCAUAUUUGAAGCCGAAAUCUAUAAUGCAGCAAAUGAGAGUGAAGUAAGUGUGGCUCGUCACACAACCAAGUUUUUGAAACAGAAACAAGCAGAGCAUUUCUAUCUUGAUAUAUCUUAAUAAGCAGCAUGUUUCAUUUUUGUUUUUAAUUAGCUUUAUUUAUCCAAUGGAGCAACUCGUCAAGGAGCUUGUAAACACCAUCAGAUUCGUAGCAAAAACUCUCUCUCUCUCUCUCUCUCCAACCAAAUUCUUCCAAAGAGAUCAUGAGUAAUAUUUUGGAAAACCUUUUAAUGAUCAAACCCACAGUGCCGAUUGUAUCCACAAGUCAGUAAUGUUCAAACUCAUCGUUAGAAUC